AUGGAAGCGCUGAAGAAAAUCUUCGGUAUCGGUGAGACACCGGCGCAAAAGCUCCGUCGCUACAAGCGCACCAUCGACCGAGCAGUGCGCGAGGUCGAUCGGGAACGGAUGAAAAUGCAGCGUCUGGAGCUGCAGCGCAAGAACGAGAUCAGGCGGCUCGCGCGAGAGGGCCAGAUGAAGUCCGUGCGGAUAGCCGCACGCGAUCUAGUCCGCGUUCGUAACUGCGUUGCGAAAAUGUAUGAGCUGCGGUCACAGAUGCAAAGUGUGCAGAUGCAGCUCAGUACGAUGCGCUCCAGCGAAGCCAUGACGCAUGCGAUGCAGGGCAUUGUGCGGUCGAUGCACCUCAUGAAUCGGCAAGUGAAUCUGCCGCGCAUUGGACAGAUACUGCAAGACUUUGAACGCGAAAGUGAAGUCCUGUCACUGAAACAGGAGGUGAUCGAUGAUGCAAUGGAGAAUGCGAUCGCCGAUGAGGACGAGAACGAAGAAACGGAGCAGGUCGUGAACCAGGUCCUCGACGAGCUGGGCUUGGAGCGUGCAAGUCGCCUGGAGGAGGCGCCCCAGUCGCCGGCGGAGCGCGCCAUGCGAGCACCGCUUGCGUCGCGCCAGCUGGGUGCUGCGACAAUGUCGGCACCGGAUGCCGAAGAGCUGGCCAUCGGGGGCACUGCCCCCUUUGCGAAUGAGAAGAAUACGCGACGGCCGCCGCCGCAGUCUGGAAGUGGCUGGGGUCCUGACAACUUUUCCGCGCCAUCCGAUGACAACAAUGGUGCGCUGAACGGCGGAAACUCGGGCAUUCGGCACGGAAACGGCUUUCGAGAUGAUCGUGGCGGCAUUGGAGGAAGUGGUGGUGGUGGUGGCGGCGGCGGCGGCGGCGGCGGCGGCGGUAUGCUUGUCCACCCAAGGGCGAGCGCGGCCGCAGCCACUGAGCCGGACGAGCUUGAGCUCCGCCUUGAGAAUUUAAAAAAAUAG